AAACCCUCAGCAUCUCUAUAGGUCCACCAUCACUUCACUUGGUCUUCCCUUCCCUGCUUCUUUUCACUUUCAAGAUCGUACAACAUAAAGACCACACCUCAACGAAGAAACAAAAUUAGCGACCUUGUUCCUCGUAUCUGUUGUGUUCUAGAAAAUUCGACGUCGUGGGUGAUUGAAAUUUUCGGAUCGUAUCUCUGCUGUGCUUGUUUCAAUCCCUUUUCCCGAGCAACCCUUUUUCGGGGUUAAGCUGAAGGAUCCACUCUCCAGUUCCUCUUACGUGACCAGGAACCAAAUCAUCGUUUCUGACACUACAGAAGUGAAAUUGCUCGCCUUUACUCUUUUUAGUGGAAUACGGUGUGCACGAGGAGAAUUGUAGAAGUUUUCUACUUCAAAGGGUACCACUAUUUAGUAACAGGGAUUUGGAUGAAAAGAAUAAAAUGGGAGACAUUAGUCCAAGAACAUCAUUCUCAACAGAUGGCGAAACCGAUCAUAAUAACAUAAUGUUCGAUGGAGGCCAUAUGGGUGACUCUAGCGACCGUUCAAAGGAUAAACUGGAUCAGAAGACGCUUCGUAGGCUCGCUCAAAACCGUGAGGCUGCAAGGAAAAGCAGAUUGAGGAAGAAAGCAUAUGUUCAGCAGCUAGAGAACAGCCGAUUGAAGCUAACACAGCUUGAGCAGGAGCUGCAAAGAGCAAGGCAACAGGGUGUCUUUAUCUCAAGCUCUGGAGAUCAAGCCCAUUCUACCGCUGGAAAUGGGGCAAUGGCAUUUGAUGUAGAAUACAGACGGUGGCAAGAAGAUAAAAACAGAAAGAUGAAGGAGCUGAGUUCUGCUUUGGAUGCUCAUGCGAGUGAUGCUGAGCUUCGGCUAAUUGUAGACGCGGUAAUAGCUCACUAUGAGGAGCUUUUCAGGAUAAAGAGCAACGCAGCUAAGAACGAUGUCUUCCAUUUAUUAUCAGGAAUGUGGAAAACACCAGCUGAGAGAUGUUUCUUGUGGCUUGGUGGUUUCCGUUCAUCAGAAAUUCUCAAGCUUAUAGCGAAUAAGUUGGAGCUGUUGACGGAACAACAAUCGCAAGAGCUAAAUAACUUGCAAGAGUCUUCUCAACAAGCAGAAGAUGCUAUGUCUCAAGGGAUGGACAACUUACAGCAAUCACUCUCUGAUUCUUUGUCUAGCGGGACUCUUGGUUCAAGUUCAUCAGGGAACGUCGCUAGCUACAUGGGUCAGAUGGCCAUGGCGAUGGGCAAGUUAGGUACACUCGAAGGAUUUAUACGCCAGGCUGAUAACUUGAGGCUACAAACAUAUCAACAGAUGUUAAGAAUAUUAACAACCCGACAAUCGGCUCGGGCUCUCCUUGCGAUACACGAUUAUUCAUUGCGGCUACGUGCUCUUAGCUCUCUAUGGCUUGCCAGACCAAGAGAGUGAAUUAAUCACAUAUACCACUCUUUAGUCUUUUACCUUCAAAGAAGGCGAGCUUCCCAAGAUUCUUAGAGCAUGUAUAUGAUUUGAGGAGUUUAGACAUCUAGCUCUUUUACAAGAAUAUGAUUAUAUUGUGAUGUGUUAUGCAUUUCAUUAGUGUAGUUUUCAAAUUGUAGGAAAAUUCAGUGUACUUUGGGGUAUUUAUCAAAAUCUUAGAAAAUAUUCGUUCGAUCA